AAUAUGUAGAGUUCUUUUUUUCUCACACACAAAACCCAGAAAAAUAUCAGCAGCUCGUUUCUCUAAUUACAAGUCGUUGAAGAUAUUUCUAAACAAACAAAACAAAUUACAAUUAACAAAUUGUUUGGCAAAAGUAUAUUUUUCUCUAAUUGUGUUAUAAAACGAGUGAAUUGCAAUGACGAGUAAAUAUUAAUAUUAACAAAAUCAUGGACAAAUUAAUUCAGAAAUGUCUCGUACCUGGCUGCGAGCUUAGAACAAACAACUGCGAAGUACUUUUUUUCAACUUUCCUUCAUCGGAUCGAAGUCUGAUUCGAAUUUGGAACAAAGCGCUAGGUUUUCGUGCGAACUGUAAGCAUAUUCCUGAUCCAAAAGUAUGUGAAAAACAUUUCGACGAGUCUGAAAUUGAUAAAAGUGUUUCGCCAGUUAAAUUAAAGGUUAAUGCUGUACCAAGCAUUGGGGUGGUAUGCACAUCAAAUUCUACCACGAAUGAAGCAACCACCAGUAACGUAACGUCAUUGACCAUAGUACAGCAAAAUUAUUGCCGGUUGUGCGCAAAAACGGAACGACAGCCAUUCAAGAAUAGCAUUGAAAAAAUGAUGAGAUGUAAUGAUACGGCUAAAUUGCUAAACAUCUGCUUAGGUCCUGGACAAGACGAUACGAAACUUCCUAAUGGAGCUUGUGACGCUUGUUGCCACAUGAUCAAAUUUUUGAUAAAAUUCAUUAAAAAUUGCUGUGGGGCACAGUGUAAACUAUUAAAAAUAUAUUCGGCACAAAAUGAAAUGACUUGUACUGGAGAUAUGAAACCAGCAGAAACUACUAUCAAAAAAGAAUUUGAUGAAAUUUCUCAUGAGCUUCCAACGGAUUACCUUGAAAUUGGAAUGGAGAAACAGGAAAACCAUGAAGUAUCAAGUAAUGAUUUAGAAGACAUAACUGAGGAUGAACGAAUCUGUCGCCCAGAAAAAGACAGCGAUGAUGCUGAGGUUAAAAAAGAACUCGACGGUAAUCAAUCUGAUUCUGAGUUUGAUUCGCCGAAAACUUUCCAAGACUCCUCGUCGGAAAGUGAAUCUGAAUCGGAUGAUGAAUAUGAACCUACAGAGCCCUUAAAAGUAAAAGAAGACGAUUCUGCUUGUUUAAAAUUCGAAGAUCACAGGAUGAUGUUAGAUUAUAAAAUAAAUAAAAGACGUGGUCGUCCGAGAAAAAAUGCUUCACGACAUUCUAACAAAACCAGGGUAUCUCGUAAAACACGUGGAAUUCAUGACAAAAAUAUGGAAGACAAACCAGCAUCCUUAAGUAAACAAAUAUGUCAAGUAUGCGGAAAAAUACUAUCAAGUACUGCUACAUUCAACGUACAUAUGAUGACCCAUACACAGCAGAAAGACAUUGUUUGCCCUAUAUGUGAUCGAAGGUUCUAUGUGAAACAACAAUUAAAAAUUCACAUCGAAUCGAUUCACGAAAAAAAAGAAUUUGUUUGCAAUAUUUGUGGUCUAAAAUGCCGUUGGAGGAAAAGUCUUCGACGGCAUAUGCUACUACAUGAUGAUAAUCCCUAUAAACAUAAAUGCACAUAUUGUGACAAAGCUUUUGCAAGACCUAAUCAGUUGAGGUAUCACGUAAUGAAGCAUACUGGUGAUCGUGUCUAUUGCGAAAUUUGUGGAGCUGAUUACAGGUUUAACUAUAUGUUAACGCAGCAUAAAAUUCGCAAACAUGGAGUUAUUGUAGAAGGAGUGCAGUUGUACAAACAGAGUGCCCGAAAAAAGAAAUCCGAUAGCGGAGAUCUGAAUACCCGUCGUAACCGCAUGGCAACUACUCAGCAGACAAACCUUCAGGCGCAGCAAUCCCUCGUGCAUCAACCUACUAUUGCUUUACCAACGUUGUCUGCAAACGUACAUGACCGUACUAAUCGUAGUGAUCUGUCUCAUACUACAGAUCUAGGAAGUCCCGCAACAAAUGUGUCAUUCGCUACAAUAAGUUCUCCAGACCAUUUCCCUAACCAUUCGCAGUCACAUGCAGUUAUACAACCACAUCAUCAGCAUCAACAACCCCACCAUCAGGCAAAUCAGUUAUCAGGAUUUAAUGGAACUGGUUUGAAUUUGCCAAUGUCUCCCGGACUUAUAGGAUUCCCAACUAUGGAAAGACCCUGAACAAACACUAUGCAUAUGAAAUAAAUUCAUUGAGUUAUGAAAAUAAA